AGCUGUCCAGUAGGAAAGUUGCAAUUCUUGCCUUUAGGAGGCGCUGUUUGUCAGUGUUAUCCUAAACCUGGAAAAGGAAAGGGGAGAGGCCGCCAAGGCAGCUAUGACGUGAGCAGGAAGUUAAUUAUCAAGUUACUCGAACCGGGACACCAGUUUUCACUUGCAUAGCAGAAAGUUUUGAGUUCUCUUCCCGCGCAAAUGGGAGCUUCCCUGGAACGUAGAUUACGCAGAUAAUUUUAAUUUCUUUAAAACUUGUUUUCAGGCAAUUUCCCCCGGAACCAUUUACCUCCAGAGGACGAGCGGAAUUUGAUCUGAAGGCUGGCCAUGACAUCUCAAGGUCAAAGUGUGAGGUUCCAUUUAGACGAUAAUUUUCAGGUGAACUUCCGUGAGAGGCUUCUGAUUAUUGAUUCAAAGCUGGAGGCCCAAGAUGUGGAGGGCUUGAAGUUUCUCUGCCGAGACUGGAUCUCCCACAAGAAGCUGGAGAAGUCCAACUCCGCCUCGGAUAUUUUUGAUCAUCUGUUGGCAGAGGAGCUGCUGAGUGAGGAAGACCCCUUCUUCCUAGCAGAACUCCUCUAUAUACUCAAGCAGAAAUCGCUGCUGCAGUACCUCUGCCAAAGCAGAGAGCAAGUGGAGAGUUUGCUGCCCACCCGAAGGAGGGUCUCUUUGUUCAGAAACCUGCUGUAUGAACUGUCAGAGGGAAUCUGCUCAGAGAACUUAAAGGACAUGGUCUUCCUUAUGAGGGAAUUGAUUCCUAAAACCCAGAUGACCUCUCUAAGUUUCCUGGCAUAUCUGGAGAAACAAGCUCUAAUAGGUGAAGAUAAUCUGGUGUUACUGGAAGAUCUCUGCAGAAAAGUUGUACCUAACCUUAUGAGAAAGAUAGAAAAAUAUAAGAAAGAGAAAGCUUCCCAGGUAGUGGCACCUUCUGUAGACAAGGAAACUGAGUCUUUGCGUCAAGGAGAGGAAGAAGUAUUUUCCCAUUCAGAUGUUAAACAAUUCUUUGGAGCCUUACCGGAAACAACUGUGUACAGGAUGGAUCGGAAGCACAGAGGCCACUGUGUUAUUGUCAAUAACCACAGCUUCACCUCACUCUCAGAUCGACGAGGGACUCAUAGAGAUGCUGAGUGCUUGGAGCGUGUGUUUCAGUGGCUUGGGUUCAGCGUACAUAUAUAUCAUAAUGUGACCAAAGGGCAUCUGGAUGAGGUUCUGAAGGAAUAUAAGAGUCAUCCAGGCCAUGCUGAUGGAGACUGCUUUGUGUUCUGUGUUCUGACCCAUGGGAAAUUUGGAGCUGUCUACUCUUCAGAUGAGGCCCUCAUUCCCAUUCGGGAGAUCAUGUCUCACUUCACAGCCAAGCAAUGCCCUGGCCUGGCUCAUAAACCCAAACUCUUUUUUAUCCAGGCCUGUCAAGGUGAAGAGAUACAACCUUCUGUAUCCAUUGAAGCAGAUGCUGUAAAUUCUGAGCAUGCACCUCCUCCCCCUUCCCUUCAGGCCAGUGUUCCCAUUGAGGCAGAUUUCCUUCUUGGCCUGGCCACUGUCCCUGGCUAUGUUUCCUUCCGGCAUGUGGACGAAGGCAGCUGGUAUAUUCAGUCUCUGUAUAAUAAUCUGAAGAACUUGGUCCCAAGACAUGAAGAUAUCUUAUCCAUCCUCACUGCUGUCAACAAUGAUGUGAGCCAACAAGCAAACAAAAACGGAACAAAGAGACAGAUGCCCCAACCUGCUUAUACACUACGGAAAAAACUAGUAUUCCCUGUGCCACAGAAAAAUCUUUAAUUGUAGUGUGGAGUUCUCAAUGACUCUUUGACUUGAAAGAAACUUUUGGUCAUCUCUUCCAAUCUCCUACCCAUCAUAAGAAUCAGUGAUAGAUGGUGAGCCUGUCAUUCCAAUAAUAGGAAAUAUCCUAUUUUAUGACUCAAAAUUCUUUUUUUUUUUUGACAAGUCUAAUUGUUAGAACACUUUCUUUAUUGAAGCCUUGGAUUGUAGUCUUUGCACUAGUUGUGCAUGAGCAAAAGCAAUUGUCCUUGGUUUGUGCAUCUGUGAGGUAAAAGGUAGUAUGAGGUACAUUUUAAGGUUCCUUUGAACUCUAAAGAACCACUAUUCUUAACCUCCACUGAGCUUUGAUUUCCUCUGUGUAUGACUACCCCUUGUGAUCAUUCAGUGUCCCCUCUGUAUGGCCUUGUUUUGGACAUUGGAUAAUGAUAAGAUCACACAGGCUUCUCAUCUACACAUCUACUGGGGUGAUAAUUUUGUCUAUACAAUGACCAUUUCCUGCUUUAGUAUAAGGAAAGGGUUCCUACAAGAACUGUUGAUCUUGGGUUGGGAACAGGUUUGGUUCUAGGAAGAUGAUGGUUCUUCUAGAGACAACUCAGCCACUCUGGGAGCAGAGACUUUACAACCUGAGGUUAAAUUCCCUGCUGAUUAGAACUUUUCAGAUGCUGAUGACAGAACACCCACGUCAAACCAACCAAAGCAAAGAAGGGAAUUUAUUGCCUCAUUCAUCUAAAAACACAAUUGGGUAGUGUUGGCUUCAGGUGAAGCUUGAAUCAGGACUCAGUCUGCACGGUAGCAUCUCUCUUGUAACUUCUCUUGGUGGCUGUACUGUGCCAACUACAGUCAACAGCCCCUGCCUUGUCUCCAACAUGCUCUGUUUCUCUGGCCUAAAGAAGUGAGGAGAGAGGCAGCCUUAAGGAUGAAGCUAUUCACAAAAGUUGUUGUUCCCUCCUUAGAGAGUUGUCUGAUUAUGCCUUGUGUUUGUGUGUGUGGGGGGUAUGGUUCUGUAUGGAAGCCUUCCUACUUUUUACAUUAAGGUUUUGAAUAUCUUUAUGUAUGUAAACAUUUUUUUCUAUUUCAAGAGGAAUUUUUCUUCCUUUUUUUUUUUUUCCUAAAAGAGGGAGAUUGAAAGUCCUGUACUUAAAGCCUUUAUUUAUAGAUGAAGAGUUUGAGUUUGCCUAAGAAGGCAAAGUGAUUUGCUCUACUCCCCCAGCCAGUUAUUGUUGACAGGGUUUUAUUUCCCACUUGAGUGAACUGGAAUGUUAAGGGACAUAACAAGGAUUUAGGAACAUUUCCUUGAAUAUGUAGACAUCCAUGAAAGAUAUUUGGGAAAGAAGAAGAAGAACUCUUAGUGAUGCCUGAUUUUGUAAUUAUUAAUGUGAAAGUCAAAUUGAUUUAUGGUGUAUUUGCUAUGAGAAAUAUUCAUAAGCAGUUUUUUAAAAAUUAUAUAGCUGAUAUACAUGGAUUUGAAUGUACCUUGGCCAAGGAAAUGAGUCGAAUAUAGAUGUCAGGAUUUUCUUUCAAAACCUUUGUAUAUACAAGUCAAAGCGAACAGCUGGUAAUUACAGUCCUUCCCAAAUUGAAUAUACACAGCUUUUGGCCACUUUGUAGUCCUCCGCAAGUGAAGGAUGGGGUGGUACAAAACAAAGAGCAAAGGAUCUGGAAACAAGCGUUUUGGUUUCCAUUUUGCCUUGUGACUCUCUUGCUCUGAGACACUAAGUGAAACUAGUUUUUUUGAGCCUUAUCUAUAAAGUACAGAAAAAUUACCUAUUUAAGGUAAGGAUGAGGUGAGUGUAAAUAUUCAUUUAAAUCUAGUUGUUGUGAGGUGUGUAUAAGACCUUUCACGGUGGAUAGUUCUGGCAGUCACCUAACUGGAAAUAUAAUUUGAGUUCCUUUGUGUCUUAAUUCCAGCUGAAUUUUAGCCACAAAUCAAUACUAGCAAUACCCACUGAUGUUCUCUUAGUGAAGAGUUGGUUCUUUGCUCACUGAUUCACAAUGUCCCCGGCAGCAGCAGGCUAGCUCUUGGCUCUGAAUCCAUCUGGACAAAACGUUACUAAUGAAUUCUCCUUCCUCAGCAACAUUUGGUGUCUGAUGCAGUCCCGGUCCUGUGGUUUAUUUCAUAUUUUUGUUUUGCUGCACCUUACUGCUUGUACAAAGUUAAAUUCUAGGAUCGGGAAACUUUCCCAUGAACUUUCUGUUCAGAGUUCCCCAGUGAGCACUUUAGGGAUCACUAGACAUUUAUGUCUGUAAGUCACAUGCUUAUGCAGACACCAGGAGUACAAUCAUCCUUCAGUCAUUUCUCCUAAAUGGAGCAUCUACACACUUGUCCCUUGUCUGUGUGUGUGUGUGUGUGUGUGUGUGUGUGUAUGAGAAUUUAGAGUGAAGCCCAACAGGUGAUUUGGUCACAGCUGUUCAGCAGAGGCUACCGCCAUUGGCUGUGCAGACAUUUGUGAAAGAAAUGCACAGACCAGUGAGGUUUCUGUAUAUUUUGCCUAGUUUUGCUCAACCUACAAGAGUUGCAGUUAUAUAUUUUUUUGUUUUCUGGGUUUUUUUCCUGAAAAGUUGGGUUUCUACCAAACAACAUAAAGGACGUGAAAACUUUUUAUAGGAUAUUAUGCAAAUGUCGGUUAUUUAAUACUACUACUACUGGUGUUGAUUAUUAUUAGAGAUGUUAGUCACCACAGCUUCCUACUGGCCUCUGCUGCAGGGCGUCACCAUGAUAGUGGGAUGGUGUGAUAUCACCAACAUUUCCCUUAGCCAGUGCUCAGGUAAUUCGAACAUACAAGCAUCUGGUGCAGUGUGGUUACUGACCACUUAGAACAGACAUUGACCAGUAUGUAUAACACUAUGGUGAAUGCUGCUGAAUAGCAGCCCCUUAUCAAUCAACAAUCAAGCUUCCGCUGAGGUAGACCAAAUAAGAAGUUUACCUCAUUUUGUAGAUAACUUUUGUGCCAUAUGUGAUUCACAAAAUCUUCUAAGUGAGAUACUUUCUGAGUGAUUUAGUUAAGUUGUUCUCAACCUUGUAAUUCUUGGGUCCUUGGAUGUUUGUUGGUUAUUCUCAGGGUCUAUGAGUUCUCCGCCUUCACUUUGAAGUGCUAGAAUUCCUUUUUGGUGAUCAUCUUAAA